AUGAUGAAUAGAACUAUCGUAAUGAUCCCGCCAUCACCCACGGUCUACAUCCAGGGACUCAACGAAAAGACUAAAAAGCAAGAGCUACGCCGCACACUGUAUUCAUUGUUUUCUCAGCAUGGCCCAAUUUUAGACGUUGUCGCUCUGAAGACGAAAAAGCUUCGUGGACAAGCGUGGGUUGUAUUUAGAGAUACUGCAAGUGCUAUACGGGCAGUCUCGCAGCUCAACGGGUUUACCUUAUAUGACCGACAGAUCCGGCUCAACUACUCAAGGAAUAAAUCCAAUGCCGUCGCUAUCAUGGAUGGCACUUUUGGGAAGAAGACUACAAAGAAAGCAGGUUACACGAUCAAAAGCGAUAAAAAUUUAGCGGACAAAGAGAAGGCACAAGCCAAGCCGAAGAAUCCCGCAUCAGGAAACCCGACAUCCACGUCCACGCCAGCCAUCGAUGUAGAUGAGAACCCACCGUACAGAAUUCUGCUCGUCCUAAAUUUGCCAGAGGAAACAACAGAUGAAAUGUUGAGGUAUUUAUUUGGUCAAUUCCCUGGAUUGAAGGAUGUGCGAAUGAUUCCAAAUCGGACUGACGUGUCUUUCGUUGAGUUCGAAGAUGAUGUAAUGGCUGCUGCCGCAAAGACGGGGCUACAAGGAUUUUUAAUUAAGCCGGAUCAUCCUGGACUUGUUCUGACAUUUGCAAAACAAGCAUAA